CAGUUCAGACCUUUUCGUUUUGCACUGGCGAUGAUUUUUGCAAUUGAGGAAAUAAAUAAUGAUACAACUCUGCUUCCUGGUGUCACGCUGGGAUACCGCAUCUAUGAUUCUUGUAAGUUGACCCAGUUAUCGUUAAAAGCAGCUUUGGCAUUACUGAACAAACCUGAAGCAAGUGUGCCGUCUGUUCACUGUAAAAGCUCCUCCAUUGCUUCUGCGAUUGUUGCUGAUUCUGGAUCUACGCAGUCUUUAGCAAUAGCACCAUCUAUCGGUGCCUUCAGAAUCCCUAUGGUUAGCUACUUUUCGACUUGUGCGUGCCUUAGCAACAGGAAGGAAUAUCCAUCAUUUUUUCGAACAAUACCGAGUGAUUACUAUCAGGCUAGAGCAUUAGCCCAGCUGGUGAAACAUUUUGGAUGGACCUGGAUUGGGACAGUUAAGACUGACAAUGACUAUGGAAACUUUGGAAUGCAAGCAUUUGAAGAGGCAGUUCAACAACUAGGCAUUUGUAUAGCUUUUUCCGAGUCAUUUCAUAAAAAAUACACUCGAGAGAAAUUACUGAAAACAAUUGACACCAUAAAAACCUCUACUACAAAAGUUGUCAUUGCAUUUGCGGGUGAAUCAAGUAUGCGUACUCUAUUAAAAGAAAUGAUUAGACAAAAUGUUAGUGGCAUACAAUGGAUUGGAAGUGAAUCAUGGAUUUCCACGUUGAUUCUUCCUCCGGAGGAAAGUAAAAAGAUUGCUUCUGGUGCGAUUGGAGUCGCAAUUCGCAAAGUCGACAUACCAGGGUUGAGGGAGUUCCUAAUGAAAGUUCAUCCGUCUUUGUAUCCAGGUAACCCCUUGGUGAAAAAGUUUUGGGAAAGUUGUUUUGGCUGCCAUCUAAGUGGUGGAAACAAAGCAGGUUCUCGACAAAAUGAAUCAGGUCUAAAGGAAUGCACAGGAAGAGAAAAUCUGCAGUUUGUCCAAAAUGAGUUUACUGAUGUCACGCAAUACAGAGUCACUUACAAUGUUUACAAAGCAACUUAUGCUAUAGCUCAUGCACUCCAUAGUAUGGUGUCAUGUAAAACUGGUGAAGGGCCUUUCCCAAAUGGGAGUUGUGCAAAUCUUUCAAAUUUUCAACCAUGGCAGUUGCUAUAUUACAUGAGAACAGCGCAUUUUAUAACCAAGAUUGGUGAAAAGGUUUAUUUUGAUGAAAACGGAGACCCUGUCCCAACAUAUGACAUUGUAAACUGGCAACCAAAUGCCAUCGGUGACAUUGACAUUGUAAAUGUUGGACACUAUGAUGGAUCAGCUCCUUUUGGCGAGGAAUUUUCAAUAACAGAAAAGGCAAUUAUUUGGAGUGGUGGUCAGAAGUCGGUUCCAAAAGCUGUUUGCUCUGAAAGCUGCCAUCAAGGAACACGGAAAGCAGGAAGAAAAUGGCAACCCAUUUGCUGUUUUGAUUGCAUAAAAUGUGCUCAAAGUGAAAUUAGUAACACAACUGAUUCUGUUCAUUGUAUAAAAUGCCCAUUGGAAUUCAAGUCUAAUGAAAGACGGGAUCAGUGUGUUCCAAAGGAAAUCGAUUUUCUGUCAUUUUUCGAUAUAAUAGGAAUAAUUCUGGUGACACUGGCACUGUUAGGAGCCUGCACCACUGUUGGUGUGUUCGUAAUAUUCUACAUCUAUAGACACACUCCAAUUGUUAAAGCUAAUAACUCUGAGUUAAGCUUCCUGCUUCUUUUUGCCCUGACACUCUGUUUUCUGUCUUCAAUUAUAUUCAUAGGAGAACCAUUAGUUUGGUCUUGUAUGCUCUGCCAAGUAGCGUUUGCUGUUAGUUUUGUUCUUUGCAUUUCUUGUGUAUUGAGCAAAACAAUUGUCGUGGUGAUGGCGUUCAAAGCAACACUUCCAAGCGAUAAUAUGAUGCAGUGGUUUGGACCAAGACAGCAACGGCUGAUGGUUUACAUCCUUACGCUGGUGCAAUGUGUAAUAUGUACUACCUGGUUAAUUGUAUUUCCACCUUAUCCAUUGAAAAACACUAGUCACUCUAGCGAGAUAAUCGUGUUUGAAUGCAAUGUCGGAUCUUUGUUAGCCUUCUAUUGUGUACUCGGUUAUAUUGGAUUUCUAUCCUGCGUGUGUUUUGCGGUAGCUUUUCUAGCUCGACAACUUCCGGACAACUUCAAUGAAGCUAAACAUAUAACAAUUAGCAUGCUUAUCUUUUGCGCAGUUUGGAUAACUUUCAUUCCAGCGUACAUAAGCUCACCAGGGAAAUAUGCUGUGGCGGUUGAAGUAUUUGCUAUUUUGGCCUCCAGCUUUGGUCUUCUUAUUUGCAUUUUUGCUCCAAAAUGUUACAUUAUUCUGUUGAAGAAAGAAAACAACACAAAGAGGAACAUGAUGGGCUCACUGAGUUCCAAAUAA